GAGUCACUUGGAGCUUUGGUGGGGUGGUGGUGCGGGAGACCUCGGGGUGCAGACGUUUCAGUUCGCCCCAGAUCUUGACGCCUACCGAUAGAAACGUUUCUGAUCGACCUCGGAUACAGGUCGUACGGCGCGGAACCGGAGAUUAUACACAACAGGGUGGAGCAGUCCCGUUCUGGGACCUACAGACGUGAAAAGUGCCGAGGCCUUAGAUCGCUUGGGGCCAGAGAAGGCCCGAGUGCGCGCCUGCCUCGCCUAGCGUCCCCGCCGCCUCCAUCGCCUCCUCUUCCGCCCGCAUCCUCCCACCGCCACCGCACCCGGUGUGGUUCUCGGGGUCACGAUGGCCACGGCUGUGAAGAUGACCGCCCGCGUUCGCGACGCGUUCUCGUCGGCCCUGAGGGACGAGUCCCUGGCGGGAGAGCUGAGAGCGGAGCUGGAGGCGGCGCUGAGGGAGCAGGACGGAGCCGUUCCCUUCACCACGCUGCGCCACCUCCACGGGGCUUCACGGAGCCAACAGGAGCCGCUCUAUCUGCAUGAACUCCUGGAAGGCAGUGAGCUUUAUUUUCCUGAACCUGAGAAACCUGCCAGGAAUCCAGAGCUGGUGGCACGACUGGAGAAGCUAAAAGCUCAACAGGACAAUGCGGAAUACAGGCGCAUGGUCCGGAACGUUGACUGCAAGCGGCUGAAUCAGUACGGCUCGAUCGAAGACAUAGGAAAGGAAAUGAAGUCCGUGAAGGCGAUGGUCGUGACCAUGUUCAAUUUCCUGAUUACGGUGGUGGCAGCGUACGUGUGCGUCUACCUGGCCAGUCAGUACGUGCUUCCCAACACCACCUCUCGUGUGCUUGCAGGAGUGAUCGCCGCCUCCGUCGUGGGACUGGCAGAGCUCUACGCGCUCGUGAAGACUGUGGAGGGGGAGAUGGGAAACCUAUAGCCCCGCACACAACGGCCACACGCUCCACUGGGCCGCGUAAUGAUUCAACAACCAAUUACCACACCACCCCUGUGGUACCAUUGGGCGAGGGGUGGGAGGAGUCGCUGCAGGAACUGAGCACCCGCCACCCCCCUACUUCUCUCCCCACUGCAUGCCCAGCUCCAUUUCCAAAUGAGAAUUUUGUAUUUAUUCCGUCAGUAUAAGUCCUGCACAGCAGUGGUUAACUCCUGUCUAUCCCUGGGGGGGGGGGAUGAUACCUCAAAUGCCCGUCCCCUCUCUCCAACCUCCCCAUUUCCAAUUUCUUGUAAUCAAGUCAAAACAUUUAACAGUCGGAGGGGAGCUCUACAAAAUGCUAAAAUUGACACAAUUAAGCGAUGGGUGUGCUCAGCCUUUCCCCAAUACACCGGAGGAGGUGAGAGCGAGACCAGAAUAUGUGAUAGGCAACAGCAGGUCGUAUUGUUACGCAUUCUGAUCACCGUUGAACAUCUUAGCAUGUUUUUUUCACGUGGACUAUGUUGUGCCACCCCUCAGUUUGUAUGCUUCCCGUUUAAACAACGUCACACUACUGGGCUGCCCAACCCUGUCACGAUUUGUUGAUUUGUCACGAUUUGGGACCAUAGUUUCAAGAAUCAAUCACAUUGUUUUUCAUUGUUUUGUUUGUCCAUGUCUUUCAUACCAUUGGCAAAAAACGUAACAUUUUAAUAGAUUUUCCGUAAUCAUAAUCACUUUCAUACACGUGCAAUGCAUGCAUUGUGAGCAUAAUCAAUUUUAAAUCGAUUACCCAUUGCAUGCCUAAGAGUGAUCAUGCAAUUGCAGUAAUGCAAUGAUAACGUUGUCUUAAGCAAACUGCAGCUGUCCAUUUUUAGCUGAAUAGUUUUUCACACGAAAUGUUAAGUGCGAACUUGUACACUCCUGAGACAUGUGUUGGUUGGUCGGUGUGUCCAAGUUUGGAGAAUUGUGUAGAAUUCGUAUUUAAUUGUUCCCUUCAUGAAUGUUGAGCAGGACAAAAUACGUAUGUGAUGAGCUGGAUAAAGGACACCUUACCCUGAUUUACGUAUGUCUGUAUGUAUGUUGAACUUCUUUCACACCGUACGCAGUCAACCGAUGCUGCAGGCCAGUAUCUAGGCUGACCAUUGUAGUCUGCUGUCCACCUGGACAUUCUCACUGUCAGUGGUUAGACAGGCCAUCCACAUCACUGGAGUGGAUUACAUCAUUAUAUUUGAUUAUCACUGCAGAUGGUAAAUGCUGUACGUUCCUUUUGUCCAGACAUCGAUUAAGGCCUGCAAUUGCCCGGACUGCCAAACCAUGCUGCAAUUCAAUUAAUCUCGCACAAGCUCCGGCAACCGCUACCACCAACAGUAGCUACGACCACAAAAGUCAGCGGAGUUCUCCACGGUCUACUUCUACACCACCACAAAAACCACACGUUCUGCUUUGGUUGUAGUGACGUCGAACAGUUGGUUAGAGACCCACAAACCCGUAUAGACAUCGUAAGGCUUGUAGAUUGAAAAUAGAGAUGCAUAUACGCCAUAAUAGAUUCAGACUCAAACGGAGAAACACAAUUUGAUGCCCGCGCACAGAGACGUAAAAAUUGAUACGGAUCAGCGGUGGCCAACCGGCAUCUCCGUAGCUCUUUAAUCCACCACACAUGGCUCUAUCGAAGUGUCAUAACGUAGAACAUACAAUCACAGUAGCAAAGAAUAAAUGGAAGUUGUAUGAUAUAUACACACUUGGUUCUUGGCAAAACUCACGUGUACUUUUUGGCUCUUGGUCUGUUGUUACACGCUGGCCACCCCUAACGUAGAGAUUCGGACUCAAAUGGAGAAACAAUUAGAUGGCCUGACAUCGAGACGUAUAUAUUGAUAUAGAUGCUGUGGGGUCUGAGAGGACGGAGAAGCCAGUGUUGGCAUGCCUCCCUGUGACGCUUUCACGUGUGAACGGGCUGUGUAAAACGAUUCCCCCAUAGGCCAACAUGAAUUGUUCAUGUGUUUAACGAGGUGGACAGUAAGUGCAUGCAAGAUAUGUGCAUGUUGGUGAAGUAAGUAACACAUAAAGCAUCACCUUGUGCAUCCAGUGAUGGUUUCCUGUUAACAAAUUCAGCAGUUGACAGAAUUUCAUUUCAAAGGUUUAGAAAUCGCUGUAAAAGUCUCGUAAUUAUUCAGCAUUGCGUACUUCUGUAUGAUUCAUUGCUUGUAGUGCCUUAUAUUUUACAGUUACACGAAAGAAUACAAUUACUGCUACGAUUCUGCAUGUCCGUGACUGAUGUCCUUAACUACUGACCCCAAUCAUGAUCCAUAUCCAGGCUCAUUGAGCGUCAUGAGGUUUUGAUGGAGUUUGUUUAAUUAAUGUGUUCAACGAUUUUAUUUGUAGGUAAUUCAAUCAUCGUGGGAUUUGGGCUAUGAUGCAGGCAAUGGCUUAAGCGUGUGAAUCGCGAUGUUACUGGGUGUUGAACCUCCAAUAGAAAGGAAAUUUCACACUAACGGGAAAUGAAUAGAGGGAAUUGUUAGUCCAUGCCAUAGUAAUGUGGAAUAUCCACCAAUGGCCCAGAGUUGUAAACUGGAGAUGAGCACGACUCCAUAAUUGUUGACCAGCAAGCCAUGUUGAUUUUUGUCGGAUUGACUUUACCCUACACAGGUCACAGAAGUGGGGUUUGUUUCACAGGUAAAAAGGGUCUUGGUAUUUUUAUUUAUUCAAUUGUGUUUCCGUUAAAAGUUUGUAUUUACAAUCUGCACGCAAUAAAAUGCAAUUGUG